AAAAAUAAAAAUUACGGUUUCCUUAUAUAUAGCACUGGCGUGUGGCUUCCACACACCAUCCGCAACCCCCAAGCCACCUUGAAGUCUCCUCUCUAUCAAGAUUUGAAGCCAUGGCAUUUUGUCUUGGCUCCCACAUCCAUGCAGCCCCCUCCACGCUUCCUCCAAAUCCAAAGCAAGAUGCCGAAACCCAAAUCACCAUUCCAUCCCAACUCCAUGACCCUGAAUCGAUCCAACCUGUGGCCGUAGACUACGCGGCCCGAGCCCAGUGGCUACGUGCUGCCGUCCUCGGUGCCAACGACGGCCUCGUCUCGGUAGCGUCUCUGAUGAUCGGUGUAGGGGCCGUGAACCAGACUGCCAAGGCGAUGCUCGUGUCGGGCCUGGCCGGCCUCGUCGCGGGUGCUUGCAGCAUGGCCAUCGGCGAGUUCGUCUCGGUCUACGCUCAAUAUGAUAUCGAGGUGGCCCAGAUGGAGCGAGAGAGCCUCGAGAGCAGCGGUAGCGAAGCCGGCAAGGAGAAGGAGAGCCUGCCGAACCCUCUAAUGGCUGCCGGGGCCUCGGCGUUGGCGUUUGGGAUGGGGGCCUUGCUGCCUUUGUUGGCAGGAGGGUUUAUAAGGUCAUGGGGUGUGAGAGUUGGGGUGGUGUGUGCUGUGAGUAGCCUGGGGUUGGCCGGGUUUGGUGCGGCCGGGGCCGUCCUGGGUGGAGCCAAUGUUUCCAAGUCUGCGCUUAGGGUUUUGCUUGGGGGAUGGUUGGCUAUGUUGGUCACCUUUGGGGUUCUUAGACUGUUUGGGCUUGCUUUCAAGAUGCAUGUCUCCUCAGCUUAGGUUGUCUUUUGCUUGGCUCAAGGAAUUUAGAGGCCCAUGUUUGGAAAGGUCAUAUUCUUGGGUUGAUUAUCCAAGGAGUGUAUAAGGACUAUUGCGUUUGAAUGUUAGCAUCUUUGG